AGGAGGAGGAGAGAGAGGGUCAGGGGUCGGCGGGCGUUCCGGACCAGUAUUCAGGACGCACCGGGAGAGGUGGUAGCGGAACCUUUCUCCUCCGCCUCGCGCCUGCCUCCCCCGGACCCUAGUGGGCGUGGGACGCGGUCGUGGAGGUCCCUAAACAUGGACACGGCAGGUGCUGGGUCCGGGCAGCCGUCCUCGAGCCUCGAGCCUCCGGGGUCCGCAGACGAUCGACUUUUCCUGGUGAAAGGUGGAGUUUUCCUUGGAACUGUGGCUGCCGCAGGAAUGCUAGCUGGAUUUGUUACAACAUUGUCAUUGGCUAAAAAGAAAAGCCCUGAAUGGUUCAAUAAGGGAAGUAUGGCCACGGCUGCCUUACCAGAGAGUGGGUCUUCCCUUGCCUUGCGAGCCUUGGGUUGGGGCUCCCUUUAUGCAUGGUGUGGGGUUGGUGUGAUCAGCUUUGCUGUCUGGAAGGCUUUAGGAGUUCACAGUAUGAAAGACUUUCGAAGUAAAAUGCAGUCGAUAUUUCCAGCAAUUCCCAAGAAUUCUGAAUCGUCUCUGGAGUGGGAGGAAGCAUUGAAAUCCAAGUGAGAUGAGCACGAUGGGGAAAGGCUUAAACAACUGUUAAGGAAAGGGGGACUUUGGAGAUGCCACAGAAGCAAGGAGACUCACCUGAUUUCUCAUCAGGAACAUGUGUAUUGUUGCCUGAACCCAUAGAUGGAUGGUGUUCAGUGUCCACAUAGGAGGCUGACAGUUUAAAAUUGACAUGGGUGUAUGUGUAUAUUAAGGUAUUCCCAAAAUUAGGAAUAUUGUUUGAAAGUAAUUACAUGGAUAUAACCUCUCUGUGGAGAAGAUUCCCAGGGAAAUACUUCUGUUUAUAACAGCUAAAACCAAGUUUUGUACCUGAAAAAAAUUUAUAAUAACAUUUGAUGGAAAAUCUUUAUAGACAGAUUCCUAACAGCACUAGUACCUCAAUGUGUCUAAUUAAAUGAGUUUCAAUAGCCUUUCUUGUUAGUAUGUGAUUACCAGGACUUGGAAGGCUUACUCUUAUCAGGCCGAUCCCAAAGUGACAGGUUAACAGGGAAACUCUGUACGUCAGGCAAGUGGGUAUGGCUCUGUUGUCCUGAACACAGCCCUGGAUUUGCACCUGCUCCUUAGUUAGCUGAUGAGCUCACUGCAAGGCCCUACACAUUCUUACACAUAGAGAAGAAGCCAGCAACAGAUUACGAUAACUUGAAAAGGCAGUCAUGCUAAAAUAGUAAUGAUAUUGUGGAUAUAAAACAUACUUUUUUGAAAAGUUUGUUCUGUGUCCCUAAACAUUGACUAAUAGUUUGUAGUUAUCUCUCACUUGUUAAUGUAAAAAUAAUCCAGUUAUCACCCAUUUUAGCAAAUAUUUUUAACUAGAAAGUUACUUGAGUAUUGAGUCUCAGUAUUUUUUUUUUAAAGAUUUACUUAUUUAUUCAUGAGAGACAGAGAGUGAGAGAGAGGCAGAGAAGUAGGCUCCUCACAGGGAGCCCGAUGUGGGACUUGAUCCUGAAUCCCAGGAUCAGGCCCUGAGCCGAAGGCAGAUGAUCACCCACUAAGCCACCCAGGCUUCCUGAGUCUCAAUAUUAUUAAGUAGUUAGUACUGCCUCCCUGAUGAAUUCUUUCAUACAUGCCCAACCCUUUCCUGUCCUCCAUGGUCUCUUAGAGAAAACAUAGAAUAAUGUCUACAUGCAAUUAUUUUUACUGGAAAUGAACAUUUUUUAAAGAAAGUACUUUAAUAUGUCCGAAUAUCCAGAAAAAUAUGGUUGGAUAUCAGUAAUGCAAUUUUUUUAUAAUUACAUAGGUUCUAAUUAGCAAUCAGGUUUAAUAAAGUACAUUUGAAAUUUUUCUGUUAUAAUGAAACCUUUUAGUUCCAAGGGAAAUUUUUAAGUGAAAUGUCAAGUGCAUAAUGUAACAUUUUUCUCUGGACCAGUUACCCUGUUAAAGCUGCUGUAUUGUUAAUUAAUUAAACAGGUGUAAGCAGCAUCUGGGAUUCAUAUAUAACCUGUUAAAAAUCCAGGACUAAAAGGAAAGAAGUGUGGAAUUUAUCAGGGCAUAUGGAGCUGCAAAAACUCCUCACCCAGCUUUCAUUUUUAGCUAAAUCUCUGCUAAGAAAAGAUUUUUAGCCUCCAAAUGAGAUGAAGGAAGGAAAGGCAAGAGCCAAACUGAACUGGUUGUGCCCAUAUUACUGGCCUGAGGCUAGGAGCAUGGUUUCCAGAGGGCCUGGCAUGUGGGAGGCCUGAGGAAUACAUGUUUAGACACAUACCUCUCUGGAAUGCCUCACGUUUACAGACACUUCUCAUAUACAUAUACGUCUGUUGUCCUCAAGGGAGGCAAGGCCAGCCCCCGUAAGAAUGAUUGUGAAUCACCCUCAGAGGGAAGGUUGACAGGGACAGUGGCCCUACGAUACACCAGGCAUAGGCUCCAGUUGCAUUUUAAAAGGAGAAAUGAAGUAACAAAAGAUGAAAGUUUAAAGGAAAACAAACAAUAUGACUGAAGUGGUAUUUUUCUACAGUCAGAACUCAGAUAUCAGAAGAUUUAGUCAUUUGUCUAUUCCUUUUAUACCAGAGGCAUAUUGUUAAAUUGGUUAAUGGAAAGGAAAAAUGUUUAACAGAUAAUGUUAUUCUUUAUGUGAAGUACCAUCUGUGUAUUGAGUUCUGAAUGUUCCUGGAUAUGGAAGAGAGGAAAUGUUAUGGAAUUUCAA